CCUCUGUCGUUGUGCAUAGUUCUUCCUCGCAGUUGCUAAAUAUAUCAGUUAUCGUUGAACUAAAAGUUUAUAUAGCUUACGCAAUGUGCAAAUGCACUGUAACCUCAACACUUUUGCGUCUUCUUGUCUGUUGGUUAUCGACUGUUGUUGCCGAAUCGAGCAAAAAUCUAGUCAGUGAUGCCAGUGAUAAUAAUCCGGUAGCAACGGAUGGCUUUUCAUCACUGACUGAAAUCGAGGGUGGCGGAGGACUGAACGUUUUCGGAGUCACAAGUUCAUUUGUUAAUCCUGGAACGCUGCUGUCUUCAGCUUUGGCAAGUGGAGUACAGCAAUUGUCUGAGAUUGUGAAUUCAAUUGAAAAUAUGAAUCACCAGCAGCACCAAGAAUCGCCAAUGUCAUCCAUCACCAUUCAUCAUCAUCACGGUCAACAUCCAACUUCAACGCCAUCGUCAUCAUCCGCCCAACAAUUUUUUGGGAUUGUGGAUGGUGGGAAUCAGCAAGAAUCGGUACCAUCUUCUCAUCCAUCAUCGUCAUUUGCGAAAAAUUUGACUUCACUGGCGCAGUUUUUCGGAAUAGCCAAUAUCUAUAUUGAUGGAAUAAACAGCAGCGACAAUAAUUCUGAACCAAUGAAAUGUCCUGCAUGUCCAUGGCAUCAUCCUCCUGGAUGUCCUGCACCCCCACAACACGUUAUUUUGACUGUGUCUGCAUGUCAUAUUAAUACGACUGCAAUAGGUGCGUGUUCGAUGACUUCAGCUGCUGAAGGUGGCACCAUUUUCGUAUUGUAUCCCACUGCUGCUGCCAUUAGCAGCAAUAAUGUCCGUCGAAUGUCAAAUUUAUUCAAAAAGAAGAAGAAGAAAAAUCCGCCAAACAAUAAGAGGUUAUUUGCAGGCUUUGCUUCUAUAGGAAUAAUGGCCUCUGAUCUAAAUACAAAAGUGAGUGUGACCUGUCCUCAUAUUUCUGCUGGCACCACAGUCACAACGCAGAAUGGGCCAGUAUUACCGAACGAGAUGAGAGAGGAGACAGGAUUCGUGCAACUUAUCAUUUCAGGUGCUGAAUCUCGGGAAAGAGUUGCAGCCGCCUGUGAGUGGAAGUCUAGCAUUUAG